CGGGACCAUCCGAGGACUGCGGAGGGCGAGGUGACCCCGGGGCCACCGCCGCGAUGGGCCGCGAGUUCGGGCACCUGACGCGCAUGCGCCAUGUCAUCUCCUACAGCCUGUCGCCCUUCGAGCAGCGCGCCUUCCCCCACUACGUGAGCAAGGGCAUCCCCAACGUGUUGCGCUGCACGCAGGCGUCCAUCCUCCGCGUGGCGCCGCCAUUUAUAGCUUUUUACCUCGUCUACACCUGGGGGACCCAGGAGUUUGAAAAGUCCAAGAGGAAGAAUCCAGCCGACUAUGAAAAUGACUCCUGAACAGCUCAUGAAGAACGAGGCGCC